UAUUAAUGGACGUUAUGUUAAUUCAUCUCUGUCUGUGAUGAAAGCAACGUUUCCAAGCUCAUCAGAGACAAAUUGUCUACAAUAUCAGCGUGGCUGAAAGCGGGCGUUAAUACCCACAAUCAAUGUAGUUGUCACAAUUUGAAUGGUUUUGUGGAAGACGAAGUGACUGUUCUAAAAAUCAACAUGGAAACCGAUGAUGUUAAAACUUUCCAUCAGUGUGUUGUAUGUGAUGAGAUUUUUCAACAAUAUGAUGAUUUAGAACAACACAAUAAAAUACAUGUUAAAGAAGAGAAAACUGAUGAUGCAGAUGAAUACUGUCGUGUUAAAAAAACGAAAACUAAUGAUGCAGAUGAAUAUUGUCAUGUUAAUUUCAAAGAAAAUAAAACUGAUGAUGUAGAUGAAUAUUGUCAUGUUCAUUUUGACGAAAAUAAAAUAGACGAUGAAUAUUGUCAUGUUAAAGAAGAGAAAACUGAUGAUAUUGAAACUGUUCAUGAGUGUAAUUUAUGUGAUGAAGAAUUUAAAUCAGAUACUGAUUUAGAGAAACAUUGUAAAAUACAUGUUGAAGAAGAGUUGAAAGCUGAUAAUGAUAGUGAUGUAGGCUCACAAUCAGCUGACUGUCAGGGUAUUGAUGUAGGCUCACAAUCAGCUGACAGUCAUACUGGAGUAAAAAGUUAUAAAUGUAAUAUUUGUUUCAAAUCAUUUACUCUUAAGUGUAAUCUACAGAGACACAUAAGGGGUCAUACUGGUGAAAAGCCUUUUAUAUGUGAUGUUUGUGAUAAAUCAUUUGCUGACGUGCGUAAUCUACAGAGGCACAAGAUAAUCCAUAAGGGAGAAAAAGCUUAUAAAUGUGAUGUUUGUAGUAAAUCAUUUACAGUAGGUGGAACUCUACAGAAGCACAUGAGAAUUCAUACCGGUGAAAAACCAUAUGAAUGUGAUGUUUGUAGUAAAUCAUUUAGUCUUAGUCAUGGUUUGCAACAGCACAAGAAAAUUCAUACUGGUGAAAAACCUUAUAAAUGUGAUGUUUGUAGUAAAUCAUUUUCACAGAAUCACGCUCUACAGCAACACAUACGAAUUCAUACUGGUGAAAAACCAUAUAAGUGUGAUAUUUGUAGUAAAUCAUUUAGACAGAGCUCUAGUCUACUACAGCAUGUGAGAACUCAUUCUGAAUCAUUGAAAGAGAGAAGUCAACUUCAGAAACCAAUUACAACUAAUACUGUAGAUAAACCUUUUAAAUGUGAUGUUUGUAGUAAAUCAUAUACUGAACGAGGAACUCUACGGAAACACAUGAGAAUUCAUACGGGAGAGAAGCCGUUUCAAUGUGGUGUUUGUAGUCGAUCAUUCACAGAGAGUGGUACUCUACAGAAACACAUGCGAACCCAUACGGGAGAAAGACCUUAUACAUGUGAUGUUUGUAGUAAAUCAUUUGCUGUACGUGGUAGUUUGCAGAACCACUUGAGAAUUCAUACUGGGGAAAAACCAUUUAAAUGUGAUGUUUGUAAUAAAGCAUUCAGUGAAAACGGUAGUCUACAGAAACAUAUCAGAAUUCAUAUGGGACAAACCUUAUAAAUGUGAUGUUUGUAAUAAAUCAUUCAGUGAAAACGGUAGUCUACAGAAACAUAUCAGAAUUCAUAUGGGACAAACCUUAUAAAUGUGAUUUUUUGUUGUAAAUUAUUCACUAUAUACAUCUAUGUCUAAACUCAACUCAUCUAUCACAAGGACCGUUUUUUAGUGUCGAGGAUAAUAUGAAUUAUGACACAACCAGUGAUGGGAUUUUACCUGUAUAUUCCGGACUUGUCCGAAUCUUUUUUCGAAACGCCCAAAAUUGUCCGACCGGGAAUAUGCCCAAUCGGACAUCAAGACAUGGUGAAUAAUAUUCAAAUUCCAAAUUAAUAUAGUGUACUGAGUGAUUAGGUAAUUAAGUGAUCGACUAUUUAUCGUGUUAUGUCGUCUACACACCUACCUUGAUUAACAACUAUUCUGCCUUGAUUGGCUGAAUUAAUCCUUUGUCGGACAAUUCAUCAAAUCAAUCCUGAACAGAUGUCAUUGCUUCUCCUUUGUCGGACGAUAUAUCAAUCCAAUAAGAGUGAUUAUAAACUUAAUCUGAUUAACCCGUGAUUUGUCCAUUGUCUCACGUUUUAAUCUCCUUUGUGUCGGACAAUAACACGUAGAAAUUAGUCAUAUAUGUCACAUAUCCUGAUAGUAUAUAACACCGCAAAUCAACAUACAUU